UGUAGCCUUGCCAUGACACUUUCUGUUUCUUCGAUUAGUAAUUCGUUGUACUAACAAUACGAUAAGUUUGAAAGAUAAACUUUUAUUAAGAAUUUUUUUUUGGAUCCACCCGUUUGUUUUUUUUUUUUAAAUUUCAAGACGUUUCAAAAAUUAAAACCAUUUUAAUUUAAAUAGAGAGAAAAUUAAAAAAAGGUUCUUGUGUUCACGUAUUUCUAUUUUCUCAGUAUUGAUGCUGUAUGUUUUGGAAAAGAUUCUUAUGACCAAAGGAAAAAAAGUUUUAUAAAAAUGUUUAGCUUUUUCCAAAAUAUAUUAAAAAUUACUAGCAACAAGUAAAGUGGUUUUUAAAAAGAUAUUGUAACGUUGGUUAGAAACAACGUUGAGUAUAUUAUUAUAAGCUCUCUGUGUUGUGACUUCUACUGUUGUCAAAAAAUUUAUACAUAACAGUUGUUUGUGAAAUAGUCUAAAAAACCUUUUAUCCUAUUGAUUACCAGUAGAAUGGAACUUUGUCAGCCGAAAAGUUCUAUUGAAUUAGAUAUGCCAAAUAUGAUAGAUCACACGACAUAUGAGGCAUUUGGUGAAGAAACACUUUUAUCUACUACUAAAGAUACACCCUCUAGUACACCUAUGGAAACUGAAUUGGGUUGUCAAUUGGAAGAUCAUGAAAAAAUGUUUUAUAGUAAAAACAAUAUGAUGGAUUCUUCAGAUGUAAACGGUAUUGAUUUUCCUUCACCUUCGAAUGAUAUCAAAGGAGAUCACUUAACUCCAACUGAAGAAACAUCGAAAAAAUUGGAACUCAGCUUGGAUGAAUUAAUUCAACAAAAACAUGUUAAACAUUGGAAUACACAACGUGAAACUCGCAAAAGUUUAGUAAAACAACAUGGCGGUGCACGUUAUCAUAUGGAUUUGAAUAACGGUAGGAGUACUGGUUAUCAAAAAAAGCCUAGUCUUGUACGAAAACCACCUGGAAUCCAUGGACCUUCUUCCAAAAUAAAUUUUUUCCAUUCCAGUGUUUUACCCUAUCAUGGUUCAAAUCGUUCUUUUCAUCGAAUGACGUUACCUCAUUCAAAAUAUCUACAAGGCAAUACAAAUGAUUCAAUGCAAUCUUCAUCUAUUUUUCUCAAUUCUAAUGAGUCAUCUCUGCCUCAUUUUUCUAGUGCCGCCCUCAAUUUACCAUAUCGCAUCUCUUUACGUAAUGCAACUCGUUUAAAUCAUUCUAUUAGUAAAAGUUUGUUUCCCCCACCUCAUCCGGAUGCAACAUUAUUCCCCAAAUCAAGAAACAGUAACCGUUUUGUACAAUCCCGAUGUUCUCAUAGCUCUUUUAACCCUUAUGGUUCAUGUGCUUCAGUAACGCCUUCGUAUGUGGAUCCACUCGUUCUAGCAGAGGAUUUCGCUUUAGCAGAAGUGGAAAUUUCAUAUCCUCCACCAAUUGAAGAAGGAACCGAUCCUUCUUUAGUCAAUUCUCUUAUCGUUAAGUUUAAAAACACAAAUGUUUUAACUAUACGAAAAGCAUCGGGAGAUAUGAUUCUUAGUUCGGGCGGUUGGAAAACCCUCUCCACUCAAUUGGUUUUAAAUCAUGCUCUUAAACCUCUUGGACUUUGGAUUGAAACUAAACCAACAACAAAUGUUUUCAAUUCAACUGAAUUAAAUGAUGCGACCAAAGAUGUGUGUAUGGAUUCGAGUGAGGAAAAAGUGAACGACAAAACCUUAACACCAAAUUACAAAAAAUUGCCUCGUUCACAACAAUGGGUUGUAAUGAAUGGUAAAUUUUUUGUAACAAAUUUUCACGAUGAUAUGGUUAUUGGUCAAAUAGGAGUCACUCAUCGUUCUCAACUUAUGGCUCGUGCAAGUGUUGUGGCACAACAUUUAAAGCAAAUUAAAAAUAACGCGUUACUGCGUUCGAAUUUCACAAGAAACAAAAAUAUUCCAGUUUGAUUUAAACUUUUCUUUUGUUUUUUCUUCAAUAAAAUCAAAUAAAAACGUUAAUGUCUGGUUCUAUUUUAAUUAAAUGACUUUGUUAUAAUGAUUAAUCUAAAAUGUUUUAAUUUAAAAAAAUCUAAUUGUAGAGGGUUUUUUUUUUUUUUUCUAGUUUAAACCCAUUUAAACAUUUCAAACUUUGUUCACAACA